ACCAUGAAGAAGCUUUCUAGUCUACUGUCCUAGUAACUUUUUCUGGCAUCUUAUUAUGCCAUCACCUAUUCCUUUUAAUAGCUUUCUUCCUUUGGAGCUCUCCCCAUCUGCAGACUUGAGACCUUGCAGCAGCCCUGUAGUUAUUCCUGGCAAAGAUGGAAAAACCUUCCUAGAAGGGACCCCCUCACCCAGGACCCGCCGCCUGCCUCCGCGCUUGGCCUGGUGCUCCAUUGACUGGGAUCAGCUCUGCCUCCUGCAGCCCCUGGGAUCUGGGGGCUUUGGGGCUGUCUACAAGGCCACCUACCAUGGUGUGACUGUGGCUGUGAAGCAGGUGAAGAAGAGCAGCAAAAAUCGGCUGGCAUCCCGACAGAGUUUCUGGGCUGAGCUGAACGUAGCCCGACUGCAGCAUGACAAUGUGGUACGUGUGGUGGCUGCCAGCACGUGUGCUCCUGCCAGCCAGAACAGCCUGGGCACCAUCAUCAUGGAAUACGUUGGCAACAUCACCCUGCACCAUGUCAUCUAUGGCACUAGAGAUGUGUGGAGGCAGGGCGAGGAGGAGGAAGGAGGAUGUGGGAGGAAGGCUCUGAGCAUGGAGGAGGCUGUGUGCUACUCGUGUGACAUAGUGACUGGCUUAGCCUUCCUUCACUCGCAGGGCAUCGUGCACCUCGACCUGAAGCCUGCCAAUAUCCUCAUCACUGAGCAUGGAGUGUGCAAGAUCGGAGACUUCGGCUGCUCCCAGAGACUGGAGGAAGGCUUGUUCCAGAGCCACCAUGUUUGUCAGCAAGGGGGCACGUACACCCACCGUGCUCCUGAGCUCCUCAAGGGCGAGAAGGUGACUGCCAAAGCAGACAUCUACUCCUUUGCCAUCACCCUCUGGCAGAUUGUCAUGCGGGAGCAGCCUUACCUGGGCGAACGGCAAUACGUGCUCUAUGCAGUGGUAGCCUACAACUUACGCCCUUCUCUGGAGGCCACCAUCUUCCAGGAGUCACCGGUGGGCCAAAGGCUUCAGAGAAUCAUCAGCUGCUGCUGGAAGGCUGAUGUAGAGGAGCGCCUCAGUGCAGUCCAGCUGCUCCCCAGCCUCAGGGCCCUGAAGGAGAACCUCUAGGGGAACUCAAGGUUACUCUCAACUUCUUUCCCUCCGCUUUUCCUUCGAAAAUAAUGACUGUAGCCUCUUUGACUUUUGAUAUUUUUAUAUUUAAAAAAAGAUGUUUUGUUAUAAGAAAAUAAAUAAAGACAUUGAAUGAGUUUGUUUUUUGAACUACAGAGGGGAUAGAGAGGCAAGGAGCAAGGUGUUGGUGAUAAUAGUCUUUUUGGUUUUUGUUUUUUAAUGGUUACUUUUUAGUUGAUGUCUGGUGUGCUGUGCUGCCUCACUAAGAGGAAAAACUGGGGACAAAGAAAAAUCAUUUUCAAGUACAAAAGAGUGCUGUUUCUGGAUAACAUUUUGUAUAUAGUAUUCUCUGGUAUUUCCAAAUUUGAGACACAUGUAGUUCUUUAGAUUAACUAGGCCUGGGCAUUUGAGAUUUUCAUAGACUAAUACAGAGCACCAGUGUUUGUUGUUGUCUAUUCCUGUUCUUAGAUGUAAAUAAACUGUUUCUGAAGUGGAAAAUGUAAAAUACCUUAUCUCCCUGUUGAAAGGAGGGACCUUAUUACAUUUAAUAGCCUCUGAUUAGCAAGAAGAUGGAAAAGAACAGCUUGUUAGUAUGUUCAAGUUUCCAGUCUUUCCAUACUACCAGGUGUUUGUUGGAACUCACUGGCUGGUAUAUUGUAAACUGCAGUAUCUGAGUAUUAAAGAGCAUCUCGUGUGGAACAGGAAGUUCCUAGAUCUUGGUGAUAGAGUAAAUUUUAAAAAUAUAUAUGUAUAUGAACUGACAGGGAGAUGCACAGGUGCAGAAACCUCAAACUGGGGAAGGAGUGCAAGAAAUUACUCUCUCUUCUUAAUACGUGGGUCAGUACCAGAUAAGAUACCAAAGAGAUUGUAAAGGAAGAUUGCUUAAAGCAGUAAUAAUAAUACUUUGCUAGUGCUUAAAAUGUAUGGUG